ACCUUGUAAAUGGCCGAUCAGUUUACCGAAGAGCAAGUGGAGGAGUACAAGCAGAAAUUCAAUCUCUUCGACAAAGACAACGACGGACUGAUCGAGAUCGGUAAUUUGGGCACUUUGAUCAGGUCCUUGGGCCAGAAUCCCACCGAGAGGGAGCUCAAGAAUCUGGUCAGCGAGAUCAGCAGAGAAGACGGCAAAGUCGAUUUUUCAGAAUUUCUGACGCUGCUGGCUAUGCAGAUGAACAAUGCUGGAGACGAGGAAGAGUUGCGGGAGGCGUUUCGUAUUUUCGACAAAGACGGAAACGGAUACAUAAAACUAGAGGAAUUAAAACAUAUUGUAAUGACAAUGGGUGAGAAAAUGUCGAUACAAGAAUUUACCGAAAUGAUGAAUGAAAUCGAAGUCAACGGAGAAGGUAAAUUUAAUUACGAGGAAUUUGUUACUAAUAUAUGGUCGAAAUAAUAUUUUAUAACUAAUAUCAAGGCAAUUUUUUGUCGUUAUUGAGAUUGUCAAUGCCAAUAAUAGAGUCAAUUU